AUGAGGCUGUUAGUAACCUUGUGUCUAGUGAGCUAUGUUGUCUUCACAACCAAGUGUGUGGGGCUAGACCGGAGCUGUCAGGCCGGUCCAGGUGGUGGUGUGUGCUGGCCUGCAGCCAAGAAGAGGUUCCCGGAGGCCGACCAAGAGGUUCCCGGAGGCCGACCAAGAGGUUCCCGGAGGCCGACCAAGAGGUUCCCGGAGGCCGACCAAGAGGUUCCCGGAGACCGACCAAGAGGUUCCCGGAGACCGACCAAGAGGUUCCCGGAGACCGACCAAGAGGUUCCCGGAGGCCGACCAAGAGGUUCCCGGAGGCCGACCAAGAGGUUCCCGGAGGCCGACCAAGAGGUUCCCGGAGACCGACCAAGAGGUUCCCGGAGACCGACCAAGAGGUUCCCGGAGACCGACCAAGAGGUUCCCGGAGACCGACCAAGAGGUUCCCGGAGACCGACCAAGAGGUUCCCGGAGACCGACCAAGAGGUUCCCGGAGGCCGACCAAGAGGUUCCCGGAGGCCGACCAAGAGGUUCCCGGAGGCCGACCAAGAGGUUCCCGGAGGCCGACCAAGAGGUUCCCGGAGGCCGACCAAGAGGUUCCCGGAGACCGACCAAGAGGUUCCCGGAGACCGACCAAGAGGUUCCCGGAGGGGGACCAAGAGGUUCCCGGAGGCGGACCAAGAGGUCGGAGCUAGACCGAAAGGUUGUCAAGGUGGAGGCGGACCAAGAGGGCGGAGCUAG